AGCUGCUGAUCCAUAUGGGACCAUAGACAUGACCCAUGGAGGAGCUCCUCAGCAACACAAUGUAUUUUUGAGCAACGGAAUAUCACCCUACACUAGCGCCCAUGCACCUAGUCGUGAUCUUUACGCUCCUAUGAACGCCCACUCUCAAGGAACCUCUGUGGCUUCCCAUCAUUUCACUCCACCAUUUGUUCCUCCUGCAACCCCGCAUUUUAUUGACUCUCAGCCACAGGCUGUUGCCUCCUACCAUGCUCCUGCGUUCUCAGAAGCGGCUCCAUUACAUGGGUCUGCAACUAGGAUCUCUGCUGCACCGGUUGAUAAUGGUGUCUCUAAGUACAGAAGCACAUCUUACAAUGCGUACGACCCGCCCAUCCCCUCAGGAACGGCGAGGAGAUCCUCCAUGCAUUCAACGCGCACGGGUGUCGGGUCAGUCCCUACACCACCGCCACCUGUUCCUCCGAUACCUUUGAACCUACCAAGGUCAAGCGAUCUUCAUGAGCCACAUAGGCAACAUCUCGAUACUGACAUUACCUCACCUCCCGUCCCAUACUCCCGACCCGGAGCAUUAGGACGAAUAUUACCGUCUCCCCCUCGUCCAAAAUCAUCGGGGCCUCUAAGAGCGGCCCCAACUGCUCCCAGCGGUCGUUUGAGUGAUCUUCCUCCGUCGACAAACGCCCACUUACAACGGCCCCUUUUGCCCCCUACGACAAGCAAACAAUCGCCUCCACUUCCUCGUCAACCGUCCCCUCCGUCCCCAAUUCGGGGAUCUGCGCCAAUUUCUGUCUCAACGCACGAGGGCUUCGCGUAUUCAGUCCCAGACAACAUGCGUUCAGCGAUAGACUUUGAAUAUCACCAUAGACACUCUGAGCAGUCGCUGCAAGGACCACUCGCUUCGGGACCGAUCAACCAUGCCAAUGCUCCACCAGGAUCCGGUAUUGCAAACUCUUCUCCCGACGAUGGAGGGUUUGAUUCUGCGUUAAACAGUAUACAUUCACUUGGUCAAGUUCUCAACGGGCCUGGGGUCCAGAACGGUGAACCCACUGUUCCGCAUACCGGCGUUGUACUCGGCGAAUCACUUACGCCUGAUCCUACGAUGGACAAUGUACAAUAUGUGACAUAUUCCCCGGAGCCAUUCCCCUGCCCCACAGGAGCUUCGGACGAGAUUGAAGCUGUCUUUAACCCGGCUCAAGCCGGACCCGCCGCGGCACCUUUAGUGAGGACAUUUGAACAGCAGUUUGAUGUUGGCGGCGUAGUUUCGCACUCUAUCAAUGCAUCAGCGUCAGAAGCAGAUGGUACGGCGGUGUCGCAACCUCCCGAGGGGGAUAGUGCACCCAUCUGGUAUGACCCUUAUGCACCUCCAAAAUCGGAACCACCCCCGUCAACCUCAUCAGUCCCGCUAUCUUUACCACCGCUAGCUCCCUCUCUGUCUGCUCAGCCCCAACAUCGUUCAUCUCAGUCAUCAACCAGCUCAACUAUGUCCGCCUAUGCUCCGAUCCCUUCAAUCAGUGCGCACGGCGCGCCAAUGCCUGCUACGAUUCCACACCCGCGGAACCUAGCGCUAGCGGCUCUCGAGUCUUCGUACGUCCCAUCGUUCUCAAAUCCGGACCACACCUCUACCCCCUCUUCGUCUUCUGUCCCCGAAUCAACACCUACUGUCAGAAGCGUCUACGCGCCAUCUCCAUCCCAAACUGCUGAAGAUGACCCACGGACCAGGGCUCGUGUCCCUAUUUUCUGUUUUGGAUUUGGUGGCCGCGUUGCUUCAUGCUUCCACACACAGUUGGACGCUACUACCGGGGUGGAUAUUGCACUAACGGGCAGGAGGUCUUCUCCUAUCUUCAUCAGGACUCUAAAAUCUAUCAUCCCUUCAUCUGCUAUUGAAAUAUCUACUUCUGAAUUUCCUGGCCCUCUGUUCACGGGCCCAAGUUCGCUAGCAAUCAUCAAACCUACCGCCGGGGGGGUCAUAAAAUCAAAGAAGUCGGCGGUUCUCAAGUACCUGUCCGAGCGAGUGGAAGAAGUUGAGCGAGGACUGGGAUAUGUGUCAUCAUCAAAGACGGAUGAGCGCUUUUCCGUUCAGGGGCUCGCUGCACUUCUUCGAGCUCUAUCUGUUAUGGUAGAGAAUGAUGGUCAGCUUUCCGGGAGCCCUGGAAUAGAUAGACAGGUCCGUGAAGCAUUAAUGUCCAGUGCUACUUCCUCGCUGGCCCCUCAUUUGCUCGCAAUGCCAUCUGGAUCGUACGGAUUCUCCACGCCUCUUAUCGAUCGACAGGGAGCUAAUGACCAGUCGAGACUGGCAGUGGAGAAAGAUCCUCCGAUUGCCACAUAUACCGUCCGCUCUUCUUGUCUCGACAGGUUACAGGCAUAUCUUCUUGUCGGAGAUCGGCGCCAAGCUUGUUACUAUGCGUUGGAUCAGAAGUUGUGGGCACAUGCUAUGCUGAUAGCCAGUAGCUUGGACAAGGAGAUUUGGAAAGAAGCGGUGAAUGAAUUCAUUCGCAGCGAACUUGGGGUUGCAGCAGGAGCAGAACAUGGAAAAGCUUCAAAUGGCCGAGAAAGCAUGCGAAUUCUCUACAGCCUCUUUUCUGGCCAGGGUCCCACUUCUAUCCAAGAACUUUCUCCUCCGAAGAGCCUAGCGAAGUCGGCCGAAUUACUUCAACCCGCUGCUCCUUCGUUGGUGCACACCCCGAUAUCCCCCAAUUUCCCAAAAUUACCGAUAACAUCCAGUGUCUCUUCUGAAGCGUUAUCGAGAUGGCCUGAGACAGCAGCAACCGUUAUCUCCAACUUCAGCUCUGGGGAACAUGCAUCUACUUUGACUAACCUUGGUGACCGCCUUCUCUCGAAAGGUUGGAUCGAGGCUGCGCAUGUUUGCUAUCUUCUGUCCCCUCAAAAUUCCCCCAUCAAUGGAGUGGGUUCUCCAUCUGGACGAGUUGUUCUGUUUGGGUGCGAAAACCCUGCGACUCUGAAGAAUAUUAGUGCGAACUACGAGCCCAUCAAUCUCACUGAAGUAGUUGAAUUCGCGCUCUCGUUGGCUCCAUCGUCAGGGAAAGACGCCUUUGCAGGCCUACCACAUCUUCAGGCGUACAAAUUAGCGCGGGCUCUUCAACUCGCGGAAUUGGGGUAUAUCAAGGAAGCUACAAAGUAUUGUGAGGCUAUUUCUUCCGUCAUGAAGGGUUUUACUCGGCCGUCGCACUACUUUACAUUCACCUUCUUUGAGCUGCACAAGGAGCUCACUGAGAGAUUGAGCGGUGUCCCGGACAAGAAUACAUCAUGGAUCAGCCGAACGAUGAAGAAACCUACAAUAGACUCCUUGGGGACAUGGUCGUUUGACAAACUGACUAAAUUUAUCGAGGGAGAUGACCCAUCUCCAGGUCCCGAAGCGAAUGAAGCCACUGCCAAGACAAGUCCUGUCAGUGGAACCACACUCGGUGUUGGACCAUUCUCGCACUACAGUGAGAUCUCGUCUGCGACUACAUCGCAAUUGCCUUCACCGACAGGAUCGACUAAAGGUUAUUCCAUUCCGUCGGGUCCAUCCGCUCCACCAGCGAGGUCGGGUUCUGCGAUGUCAACCCGAACUGGCAAUGUUCCUGUCGCCGCGCAGAUCGACCGAGCUGCAUCAGCUGCUGAGUAUUUGCGACCCACGCGCACGUCGUCUCCCGCCCUUUCCGCACAUCGAGCAGUUUUCUCGGCGGGGCCAUCGACCACAACAUUUGGUAACAGCAGCAGAUACCAGCCAGUUCCUUCCACAACAUACCCGGUCAAACCCACGAGCAACGGGACACCAGCUUUUGGCGCUAGUGGAGGUGGAGGCUGGUGGGACGAUCUCCAAAACAACAACGUGGAAUCUGAAGGUGCUACGCCCGUUGCCACUGCUUUCCGAAUCAACGGAGAUGAGGAGGACAAACAAGAUGAAGGCAACUUUGUUUCAGCCAUGGAUACGUGGCCUGAUGCGGCUACACCCUCACCCAAUCCCGGUGCCUCGCCUGAGGCAGUUUAUCCUAUUCGUCAGAUCGAGGAUGGCGAUGAAGAGGAUUUGGGCUUUGGGAACAAUGCUCACAAGAAAAAGAAACAGGAAGGCGAUACGCCAAAGUCAGAAGUCAGCGAUUCGAAGGCUGAGAAACCUCCAGCGGAAAGCAGCUCCGCAGCACUCAAGGAGAAGCCCAACAUUCCUGAUCCGCCUCCUUCCAGAGGGUGGUUCUCUGGCUGGUUCAGCAAAAAGGACACCACCAGCCCGGCUCCCGUUCGGGCUAACUUGGGAGAAACCAAAAAUGCAUUUUACUUUGACAAGGAAUUGGGCAAGUGGAUAGACGGCAGGGUGGGUGCAUCCUCAGCACCAGCGCCCACUCCACCCCCUUCAAGAGCCCGUACCGUAUCUCCUAGCACUAUGAAUGGUGGUCUACCAAAGCCCAGCUCCAAACCGCCUCCAUUGAGCAGUGCCACGCCGCCACCCCCUCGCGCCCAAUCCUCAAUGGGCUUAAGUAGCACUAAACCCCCACCCCCUCCAGCAUCACUACGGGGUCCCUCCGGACUAUCGGCGUCGUUUAUCCCGCCAACCCCUGGCUCAGAAGGUACAGAUGAGACACUUCCCGCUAGGGCCAAAAGUGCGCAAGGGCAGCGUAAGAACGCCCGGGCACGUUAUGUGGACGUUUUUAAUAAUCCGCCACCUUCAUGAAGUUUCUGUUGCAUAUGCCGUAUUUAAUACCCGUUCACAUUGCAUCUUUUCAUAUUCCGUCUUCGUUCCAUUCGCACUGGUUUAUGAUUUGAACUUUGUUCGAACCUUUGGUACCAUCAAACUAGACCUCCCCCCAAUAAGCUCUGGACAUGACUGACCCCGCUGUAUUUGGGCACCUGCUCGUAACGUUAGAUGUAAUUAUGGAGUGUGAGAUCUGACAGGACCGCCAAAUUUGGUCAAAGGCAUUA